AAAGAACUAUCGUUUUUUGUUUUUUUUUUCAUAGGCUCCCCUGCCUCUAACCCUCCACGCUGCCACCUAUAAUAAGAAUCUUAGUUUAGAAGCUUCGCUUUGCAGACAGUUGUGUCUUCUCCUUCUCGCAGGUCGGCAAGUAUCAGAAAAAGGAAAAAUAAAGCAAAUGUUUGGCGGCCCAGGAAAAAUCAGCGGGGUGAUAUUGCGGACGUUACAGGGAACUUUUGCGGCGAUUGCCCUUGGUAUUUUAAGUACUGUUCCUGGAUUUUCUUUGAUUACUCCCAUGUGCUUCCUACUAGUUCAACAGUGUGUUCAAAUCAUAUGGUGCUUUAUACUUAUAUGCCUUGACCUCAAAGUCUUGGUGUCGGGGGGAAGGCUACCGACCCCUAUCCAUAUGAUGGUGAACAUUGCUUUUGAUUGGUGUAUAUGGAUGUUAUCUCUUGGAGCUUCAUCCGCAGCCGCGUCCGUGGUUGAUGUUUUCUGGGCCCAAUCCAUGUGCCAAAAGUGGGGAGAGUAUACCUGCAGACGUUACCAUGCAGCGGUUGUCAUGGCCUUUAUUGCUGUGGCAUUCCAAGCAAUCUCAGUUCAUAUUUGGAUGUGGAUUGCAGCCAGGGACGGAUCCAGGAUUCUGUGUCAAGGGGGGCAAAAUUUUUCGUUAGUGUAGGGGGUGAAUUUUUUUUUGUUAGUGUAGCGGGGUGAAAUUUUUUUCCCUAGUAUAGCGGGGCGAAAUUUUUUCGCUACUGUAGGGCUAUGCGGCUAUUUUUAUUCAAAAAAUGACAUUAAUACAUGCACAUCCCGAACGACAUUUAAAUCUAUUACAUUCUAAGUUUAGACGAUGACAAAGACAUC